UAUGAGCUCAUUCCUUGAUUGAAACGGAAAUCUACUUUCUUUGUUGAUGCGUAUGCUAACCAUAUGUACAUAUCACAGAUUUUGAGCAACCACCAGGUCGUACAACGCAUGCUUUUUGCCAGAAGAUUCAUCUACCAAGUAAGAUAUAGCUGCAAUAAAAUGUCUGCAGCUGUUCAAAAUGGCAAGCCCAUCCCCAAACGUCCAGGGGUUGGACUUGGGGUCCUUGUGACAGAUUCCUCCAAUCCAGGUUGUGUCCUGUUAGGAAAGAGGAAAGGCAUAGUUGGGAAAGGUACCUACCAAUUACCAGGAGGUCACAUUGAAUUUGGAGAGACUUGGGAGGAGUGUGCCCAGAGAGAGGUGAUGGAGGAAGUAGGUGUCCGUCUGAAGAACAUUCACUUUGCAUCUGUCGUGAACUCCAUCAGAAUGGAGGAAAACUACCAUUAUGUCACAAUAUUCAUGCAGGCAGAACUGGAUAGGUCCUUCUCAGCUGAACCAGUUAAUGUGGAGCCAGAGAAGAAUGAAGGUUGGACAUGGAGGCGAUGGGAGGAGUUUCCCCCGGAAGAGCAGCUUUUCUUGCCAUUGGCCAAUCUGAGACAGCAGGGACUCCAGCUGUUCAGAAAGAGUUAAAGGGAUUUGUUUAGUAAUCAAGAGACCUUUUACACCUGAUUCAGGAUCAGCUGAACAGUGCUUUUCUAUCACCUUAGCCCUGGUGAAAAAAUGUAAAGUGCCCUAGCCUUAUGUAGUGAGAUGGUCAUACUUCCUGAUUGACAGUUACAUCUAUUGCAUUGAUUCACCUGUCACAUUACUUUCCAAGAAAUGUUUUUAUUGCACACGCACGUGUACUAUAUUAAAGCUGUCAUUCAUAAUU